AUGCAGUACUACAACCACUACACCGUGUACAAGCGGUUGGCCAAGUUCCGGAAGACCCGGACGGUGCAGCGCGGUUCGUUCGACGGCAAAGAGCUGUCCCAGUGGGUGUACGCGUUUACCAGGUCACUGCCGUCUGCAGAAACUUACCUGGUGGUAAUGAACGUGGGCUCCGAAUACGAAGAUGUUGACUUGAGUAAUUGGCCACCUUUGGAAAAAGACGAAAUGUGGCAGGUACACACGCCAAGCAUCAAUGCACUGUGCUUAAUAGGGUGA